CUCGUCUCGGGGAGUUGAUGGCAGCACCACAGUGCGGCCGCCCGGCCGAGCGCACCGCGCAGCCACCCGCGGCUGCCCGCCGAGCAGUCGACAUGUGGGGGGACUGGGGUGGGAGCGGACGGAGCAGCGCCAGGGACCCGGGCGCGCAGCAGCCUCCGCUCGCUCGCCUGUCCUGACCUGGCUUGCUCGCCCCACCGAAGAAUGUCAGCCAAGUCCAAGGGGAACCCCUCCUCGUCCUCUGCAGCCGAGGGACCGCCGGCAGCCUCCAAAACCAAGGUGAAGGAGCAGAUCAAGAUCAUAGUGGAGGAUCUGGAAUUAGUGCUGGGCGACCUGAAGGACGUGGCCAAAGAACUUAAGGAGGUGGUUGACCAGAUUGACACCCUGACCUCUGACCUACAGCUGGAGGAUGAGAUGACCGACAGCUCCAAAACAGACACCCUAAACAGCAGCUCCAGUGGGACAACAGCCUCCAGCAUAGAGAAGAUCAAAGAACAGGCCAAUGCCCCACUCAUUAAACCUCCAGCACAUCCGUCUGCUAUCCUAACUGUCCUGAGAAAGCCAAACCCUCCGCCCCCUCCUCCAAGGUUGACACCUGUGAGGUGUGAAGAGACAAAAAGAGUGGUGCCAACUGCCAAUCCUGUAAAGACCAAUGGCACCCUUCUACGGAAUGGAGGAUUACCAGGUAGACCCAACAAAAUUCCAAAUGGAGACAUCUGCUGCAUACCCAAUAGUAACUUGGAGAAGGCUCCAUUGCAGUCUCUGAUGCACAGACCUGAAAAGGACAGGAGUCCUCAGGCAGGACCUCGGGAACGAGUACGGUUCAAUGAAAAAGUACAGUACCAUGGCUAUUGUCCUGACUGUGAGACCCGGUAUAACAUAAAGAAUAGGGAGGUUCAUUUACACAGUGAACCAGUCCAUCCACCUGGACAGAUCCCUCACCAAGGACCUCUGCUCCCUCCUCCACCUCAUCUCCCCACUUUCCCAUUAGAAAAUGGGGGACUGGGAAUAAGCCACAGUAACAGCUUCCCCCCUCCCACACCUGCAACCGUGCCUCCUCCCACUGCACCAAAACCACAGAAGACCAUCCUGAGGAAAUCCACCACUACCACAGUGUGAUAUCUGUCAUUUAAGAAAACGUUCUGUUUGUUUUUAAUUUUCUAUAUGAUAACAAAAAAUAAUAAGUAAUGAGCACUUUCUACUCAAGCAAUAAAAAGCCCAAAUAUAUUAAUCUGCAUUCAACAAAGUGGCAUAAAAAUCACAUGGUAAGUAUGCAGAGUGACGCUUCUGUCCUGGACGUGCAUUGAUUUCUGUGUUCCAUCAUGAGAAACUGCAGAAAAUUGAGAAAGUAUGAAUGCAUUUUAUUUUUUGUGAUUGACCUAAGACAAACUGUGACCUUCAGAUUCCAAGUAUUUUGAUUUAUUGUAAGAGCUGGGAUGUCAGAUAUCUUGAUUUGUUGAUAAAGCCAGGGCAAUUCAUUCCAUUCAUGCCUAUCUCAUCUAUGCAUUGAUGAUGUCAUAAUCCUCCCUUUGAUCUAAUGCUUUUUAAUAAGAAUUUUAAUACCGAAGGACUAUUUUAUUAUUUUUCUAAAGAUGUUUGUCAAUAGUUUUGCAUCAUGAAA